GGAUAGAGAAGGCAAAAGAAAGAAGGAAGGUUCGUCUUCAACAUCAUGAACCGACUUUAGCCAAAUCAGAAUCAAAAGUCAGACUCAGCAUAAUUCCAUUUGAUUUCAUUUAGUCUCGAUCUCCGGUUUCAGAAGUUAGAGCAAUAGAGUGGAAGAUGAAGAGCGAAAGCCAAUUGGUUGCACUUUGCUUAGAGUCGGCGUGUGAGAGCAGAGAAAGCGUUGAGAAGUGGCGGAUGCAGAGGCACACUCUCCAUCGCUUACCUUCUCCUCUCGCCGACGCUCUCCUCCGCCGCCUCAUCGCUCGCCGCCUCCUCAACCCCUCCCUCCUCGAGGUUUUCAAACACAGCGCCGAAGAGGUUGAUUUGAAAGGCGACAACUCCGUGGAUGCUGAGUGGAUGGCUUAUUUGGGAGCAUUUCGGCACUUGCGCUACUUGAACCUUUCCGAUUGUCAUCGUCGAAUCACCACUUCUGCUAUUUGGCCUAUUACAGGAAUGACUAGCCUUCAAGAGUUGGAUCUCUCGAGAUGCUUCAAGGUUAAUGAUGCUGGAAUUAACCACAUUCUUUCCAUUCCUAAUCUGGAAAAGUUGCACAUUUCAGAAACAAGCGUCACAGCCAAAGGAGUCAAGCUUCUCGCUUCUCUUAAAAACUUGGCUCUUCUUGACUUGGGUGGGUUGCCUGUAGAUGACAUGUCAUUGAUUUCCUUACAGGUACUGAAAAGGCUACAAUAUAUUGAUCUCUGGGGUAGUAAAAUAUCAAAUGAAGGUGCUGCUGUUCUCAAUUCGUUCCCAAAGUUAACCUAUCUAAAUCUUGCUUGGACCAGUGUCACAAAAUUGCCUAAUUUAUUGUCUCUUGAAUGCCUGAACAUGAGUAACUGUACUAUUGAUUCUAUACUUGAGGAUAAUAAAGCUCCCUUGGCAAAGCUUAUUCUCUCUGGGGCCACAUUCCUGAAUGAAGCUGAAGCCUUAUUAUAUGCAAAUACAAGUUUCCUAUCCUUUCUGGAUGUCGCCCAUUCCAACCUUUGCAAAUUAUUCUUCUUAAUGAAAAUGAAAGUAAUAGAACAUCUCAAUCUCAGCUCAUGCAUGAUAGGGGAUGAUUCUGUUGAGAUGAUUGCAUGUGUUGGUGGAAACUUGAAAAGUCUGAAUCUGAGUUGUACCAGGGUUAGUUCUGCUGGAUUAGGCAUUUUAGAUGGACAUGUUCCCAAUCUUGAAAUUCUGUCAUUAUCUCAGACACAAGUGGAUGACACUGCCAUCUCAUUUAUCAGUAUGAUGCCGUCAUUGAAAGAUGUUGACCUGAGCAAUACAAACGUUAAAGGUUUUAUACACCAAGGAAAGACUGACAUGGAUUCCCCGCUCUCUCUAGUGGCUUUGCAAAAUCUUAAAUUAGAAAGGUUGAAUUUGGAGCAUACGCAAGUUCGGGACAAAGCUUUAUACCCUUUGUCAAGUUUCCAAGAGCUGAGAUAUUUAUCUCUUAAAAGUGUUUCACUGGCAGACAUCUCACUUUACUAUUUAUCAUCAAUUCCUAAAUUGACAAAUCUUAGUAUCUGUGAUGCGGUAUUGACAAAUUACGGGCUUGAUAUAUUUAAGGUUCCUGAAACUCUGAAAUUGCUGGACCUCAGAGGUUGUUGGCUCCUAACUAACGACACUAUCAUGUCGUUCUGUAGAAAUCAUCCCCAAGUUGAAGUCAGGCAUGAACUUGUUACUGUAUUUCCUUUAGACAAAAAUGGACUCAAUCAUUCUUCUCCAUCUCGAUUAACCUCCAGGAUUAUGCAAAUGGCUAAGAAGAAAGAUCAAAUUCUCAUAUCUCCAUUUUUUAUAGAUCAAAGAUUGAAGUAUAGCAGGGAUGAGUUACUUGCAUUGCAGUUUACGUCUUUGCCUCUUGCAUCUAGUAGUGAGAGUGGCAAUUCAAUAUUUGAGAAAGAAUUGGAUUGAAUGGAGAAAUCUCCUUCCAUAUAAUUGUGUGCACUGAUGGCUUUGGGAAGGCACGCGAUAUGAAUAGAUAUGGCUUUAGGAUUUCAUAGCCCAAGUCCGAUGUAAUUUAAUGUUUCAUAAGUACAGCUCACCAAAAUAAAAGGUGCAACUCAACUGCACGAGGUGAAAGCUGAAUCGUGUUUCUGAUGGAGAAUUCGAAUGUGAUGGCGGGCCUUGGCUCCAACUUAGUUUGGCUUACAUGUAGAUGUGCAAUGUGGAUAAAGAAGCGUUUUUAGUAAUAUAAUUUGGCUGACACAUGGAUUUUUUUCUUGGGUGUGUCACAUAGCACGUGAAACAUUGUUUCUGUAGGUUUCUAAGUAAAAAUGAUUGCAGUCAUCAGGGCGGUCUUACUUGGAGGGAGGCAUUAACUAAGCACGUCUUGAGUAAGCUGACACUUUAUGGGAUUGUAUUAGGGUACUCGGAUAGGAGGUGUAUCUUGGGGGUUAGUUAGACCAGAAGGAACACUAGACGAGAGAUUGAGAGAAACAGAAUCUUGUGUUUUCUUCAUACUCAGCUAAUCAGAAUUCACCACUAUACAGUUGUGUUUUGACAAGAAUGAUACUGGUUGUCCGAAUUUUUAUGCUUUGUUUAGCAAAAUUUCUUAAGUGCGAUUACGGAGGGCAGUCCAAUGCUACGUGCUUGUGACUCCAAGCUAAACAUGAAUUGGUAAAUCAUGUUAUCCCUUUUCGUGGUAUCAGUAUUUUAGGGAAAUCAAGAGGAAUUGUU